AUGGAUGAAAUGAUAUUGUUGAAUAAUGAUACUUUAGAUUAAAUGACUGAGAAUCUUCAAAUUUUGAUGUAAAACAUUUACAAAGUGAAAUUAAAGAAAGAAAUUAAAUAGAAGGGUGGGAAUAGUGAAAGUUUGAAAUUAGUUACAUCCAAACCGAUAAAAUAUCCAAAAUAUUUGUUUGAUACAUCUGCCAUUAAUGUUUAAUUUUGGGAUAAUGUUGAUAUAAAGAAGACAGAAGAAUAAUAAAAUAAGAGUGAGAUUGAAUCAUUUUAAAGUUACUUUUAAUCUCAAUUGAAUAUGAGUAGCAGUCCAAUAUAUUUGGAUUUUUAAGGGACAACUUAAUAAUUAAAGGAGCCAUUAAAACAUAUUUGUUCUCAUGAGAAGAUUAGUUAAUCAAAGAUAGGGAAAGAGAAUUACGAACCAAUAUUGAAAAGAAAUUCUAGCUUGGAAGUGUCUGAUGAAUUAAAUUUUCGUAGUUAUUUUAGAUGA